ACAGAGCUUAGCUCAAGUGAAACAGAGAGAGAGAGAGAGAGAGAGAUACAGGCUCAUUCAGUUUCUACUUGUCUGCCAUCCGGUUAACUACCAUUUGGAGCUACUGUGAACUGUUAUUUAUUAUUUAUUAUUAUUAUUUUUUUUUUUUUAUCUACAUCUUGUCUCCAAAAACUCAUCUUGGACAUUUUUUAAUUUGGGGAAAUCAGUCCAACUUGAUCUGAAUUGCUACAGGCAAACUACUUUGUACUUGCAAAACUCCUGUGGUUUGAAGGAGGCUAAUAGCCGAUGCAAAUUGGAUACAAAUCUAACCCAGGACGCCCAGCUCUCAUUCAUUUAUUUUACAUUCUGCUUUCUUUUUUAAGCUGUGUGGAAAAGUUUGGUCAAAAGUUGAUUUACUAAGCCUGUGAGGUGGUCUCGGAGGAAGAGGAGAGACGAAAAUCAGGAUUUCUUUGUGAUUGACUGGGCUCAAACGGAGCCACGGUGGAGGGCGACCCGCUGGAUUUUGUUGAAAUGGACGGGCUUGGGUAUGAACGCUAUGUGGAUGGGGACAGGGAGGGCUACCAAAUUGACUACCGGCGUAUUGUGGGGGACAUGGAGCCGGCCAGACCACGGAUGCCUUUACGAGACUCGGAUCAUCACUGUAAUGGCCCGUUUACUCACAGUACACUACAUGGGCAUGGGCAUGGGCAUGAGACGGCAGCCCAGCGCUACAGUGCCACACGGAUACAGGCGGGAUAUGAGCCAGAGAGCAUGGCUGAUUACCUGAUCAGCGGGGGAACAGGGUAUGUUCCAGAGGAUGGACUCACUGCCCAGCAACUCUUUGCCAUCGGUGAUGGUCUCACAUACAAUGAUUUCCUGAUACUGCCUGGGUUCAUUGACUUCAUAUCGGAUGAAGUGGAUUUGACCUCUGCCCUGACCCGGAAAAUAACCCUGAAGACGCCACUCAUUUCCUCUCCAAUGGACACAGUCACAGAGUCCUCAAUGGCCAUUGCUAUGGCUCUCAUGGGAGGAAUUGGAAUUAUUCAUCACAACUGCACGCCUGAGUUUCAGGCUAACGAGGUCCGGAAAGUUAAGAAAUUCGAGCAGGGCUUCAUUACAGACCCUGUAGUGAUGAGUCCACGACACACAGUAGGAGAUGUGUUUGAAGCGAAGGUACGGCACGGUUUCUCUGGCAUCCCAGUUACUGAAACUGGAAAGAUGGGCAGCAAGCUGGUGGGCAUUGUUACGUCACGAGACAUCGACUUCCUGUCAGAAAAAGACUAUGAUAGGCCACUGGAGGAGUCAAUGACAAAACGAGAAGAUUUAGUGGUUGCUCCAGCUGGUGUAACAUUAAAAGAGGCAAAUGACAUCUUACAGCGCAGUAAAAAAGGUAAACUGCCUAUAGUGAAUGACAGUGAUGAGCUUGUUGCAAUAAUCGCUCGUACCGAUUUGAAGAAGAACCGAGAUUAUCCUCUGGCCUCCAAAGACUCCCGCAAACAGCUCCUGUGCGGCGCCGCCAUCGGCACCCGAGAGGACGACAAGUACCGGCUAGAUCUGCUCAUGCAGGCUGGAGUGGACGUGAUCGUUCUGGACUCUUCUCAGGGCAACUCAGUGUUUCAGAUCAGUAUGAUCAACUACAUCAAACAGAAGUACCCAGAACUGCAGGUGGUUGGAGGAAACGUGGUGACUGCAGCUCAAGCAAAGAAUCUUAUAGAUGCUGGUGUUGAUGCUUUAAGAGUGGGCAUGGGCUGUGGAUCCAUCUGCAUCACACAGGAAGUGAUGGCGUGUGGGAGACCGCAGGGCACAUCUGUAUAUAAAGUGGCUGAAUACGCCCGGCGUUUUGGGGUCCCAGUCAUUGCCGACGGUGGCAUCCAGACAGUGGGUCACGUCGUUAAAGCCCUGGCACUGGGAGCGUCCACAGUAAUGAUGGGCUCAUUGUUAGCCGCCACCACAGAAGCGCCCGGUGAGUAUUUCUUCUCAGAUGGAGUUCGGCUCAAGAAAUACCGUGGUAUGGGCUCUUUAGACGCCAUGGAGAAAAACAACAGCAGUCAGAAACGCUACUUCAGUGAAGGUGAUAAGGUGAAGGUGGCUCAGGGAGUCUCUGGCUCAGUUCAGGAUAAAGGAUCGAUACACAAGUUUGUUCCAUACCUCAUUGCAGGAAUUCAACACGGCUGUCAGGAUAUCGGUGCAAAGAGUCUGUCCAUUCUGCGAUCGAUGAUGUACUCUGGAGAGCUGAAGUUCGAGAAGAGGACCAUGUCUGCUCAGGUUGAGGGUGGAGUUCAUGGACUGCAUUCAUAUUCUUUUUUGCCAUUUACGAGAAACGGUUAUAUUGAGCCUGGCAGCAGAGGGCACCCAAGAGCUGGACCUAAUGUCCCGUCACCGGCCGUCACUAAACACAGCAGCUAAAAAAAAAGCCAUUUCUACACAACCCUCAAUCCUUUGUCCUUCUUCCUGAUGGCUCUCAAAUCCUUGGUAAACUUAAAAAACACUUUAUUGCAAGCCAUCAUUGGGACUAAAUAACCUAUGGAGCUUUUGUUUCAUAGCUGCAUUUUUGUUUUGUUCGGGCUUCCCUAAAAAAAUGUAGACUAUGAAUGUACUCUGAAAUAUGAAGAUCCUAUACGUGUGUGUAUGUGAAACAGAGUGUAUCUUAUAUAUUUGUGGUAUACAGGGUAUGUUUAGUCUGUCUUGUUCCAAAGAUCCUAAUUAAAAACGUCUGUUGGUUUAAUAGCAAUAAUAUAUGUUGAGGUGAAUCAUGUGCACCACAUGUGUAAGUGUUAUGAGUUCAGUUCUAUUGAAAUCUAUUAUGAAAUGAAUUAGUUUUCUUGAAUACGUUUGCAGGCUGCUUGCUGUUUAAUCAGAUCGCACUAGAACCAUGACCGGAUAAUGAGUAUCAGCCUUAAAAUCAGGGAGUUUGUACUGUUACUCGCCUUAUGCUAGUCAAUAAUGUAUUUAUUAGACAGUAGAGGCGCUCAUUUCUCAACGUUUAUUUAUUCGUUUCACACACUUGCAUCAUCUUAGAAGGAUUUACAUAUAUCAAACAUUUUACAGUAUAAAAAAAUUGCGAGAUUUUACAAGGUCAGAAGUGAAGGAGAGUCGUACGCAUUUGCUGUGAAAGUGACACUGAGCUCUAUUUUGUAGUUUGCACAGAUUGUUGGAUUGUUAUUCUGAAUAUAAUGCAGUUUAUAGAAUAAAGAAUGAGUUUUUAUAGA